UAUAUCAGAAAGAAAACAUCCUUUAUUUUCCCUUUUGUUUCCAUGAAAUGUACUCUUCUCUAAUCAAUCUUGUUUUUCCGGCAAGCACAACUUCCUUUCCAACCACCAUAAACCACCACUAAAAUUAAAAAACAAAACCCACCACCAUAAACCACCAUGGGCAACUGCACAACAUGCAUCCGACCCGACGAACCGAAAUCCAACCGUUACGAGCCACCACCAACUCCACAACCAAAAAACAACAAAUACAAACACAAAACCCGACCCAACCCAUACGCCGAAAGCCCGGUCCCUAUCCGGGUAUUAAACGACUUCUCUCAACUAGCAACACAUCGUACUCGAAUAUCCGACAAGUACAUACUUGGUCGAGAAUUGGGCCGAGGUGAAUUUGGGGUCACAUAUUUGUGUACGGACAGAGAAACAAAACAUGCAUACGCAUGUAAAUCGAUUUCCAAGAAAAAACUACGUACAGCUGUCGACGUGGAAGACGUACGUCGAGAAGUUGCGAUUAUGUCGACGUUACCUGAACAUCCAAAUAUUGUGAAAUUGCGUGCUACUUAUGAAGAUAAUGAAGCUGUUCAUUUAGUUAUGGAGUUAUGUGAAGGCGGUGAACUUUUUGAUAGAAUUGUGGCUAGAGGUCAUUAUAGCGAACGUGCGGCGGCCGGAAUUGCGAAAACGGUUGCUGAAGUUGUUAAAAUGUGUCAUGAGAAUGGUGUCAUUCAUAGAGACUUGAAGCCUGAGAAUUUCUUGUUUGCUAAUAAGAAAGAAAAUUCUGCUCUCAAGGCUAUUGAUUUUGGCCUUUCUGUUUUCUUCAAGCCAGGGCAAAGGUUUUCAGAAAUUGUGGGUAGUCCUUACUACAUGGCACCAGAGGUUUUGAAGCGAAAUUAUGGACCUGAGGUUGAUAUAUGGAGUGCUGGAGUUAUUCUGUAUAUAUUAUUGUGUGGUGUUCCCCCAUUUUGGGCAGAAACUGAGCAAGGUGUUGCUUUGGCAAUUCUUCGGGGCGUUCUUGAUUUCAAGAGGGAGCCCUGGCCUCAAAUUUCUGAAAAUGCUAAAAGUCUCGUUAGGCAGAUGUUAGAACCUGAUCCCAAGAAGCGAUUAACAUCCCAGCAGGUUCUUGAGCAUCCAUGGAUACAGAACGAGAAGAAGGCUUCGAAUGUUCCAUUGGGAGAUAUAGUUAGGACAAGACUCAAGCAAUUCUCAGUGAUGAAUAGAUUCAAGAAGAAAGCAUUGAGGGUGAUUGCAGAGCACUUGUCUAUUGAAGAAGUAGAAGUUAUUAGAGAUAUGUUUACAUUGAUGGACUCCGAUGGCGAUGGAAAAGUUACAUUUGAUGAGCUUAAAUCUGGCUUAAAGAAAGUUGGUUCACAAUUGGCUGAUCCUGAGAUCAAAAUGCUCAUGGAUGUGGCUGAUGUUGAUGGCAAUGGAGUCCUCGAGUAUGGAGAGUUUGUAGCAGUGACAAUUCACCUGCAAAAGAUGGAAAACGACGAGCAUCUUCGAAGAGCAUUUAUGUUCUUUGAUAAAGAUGGCAGUGGUUUUAUUGAACUUGAUGAGCUAGAACAAGUGUUAUAUGAACCUGGUCAAGCAGACAUUGCAGUACUCAAUGAAAUUGUGAAAGAAGUCGAUACAGAUAAGGAUGGCCGGAUUAGUUUUGAGGAAUUCGUUGCAAUGAUGAAAUCAGGGACGGAUUGGAGGAAGGCAUCACGACAAUACUCAAGAGAUAGAUUUAAGAGCUUGAGUGUUAACUUGAUGAAGGAUGGAGCAUUGCAGCUUGAAGACGCUUUAACGGGUCAAACUGUUAUGGUUUGAGAAUACAAAGUCCAUAAUAUUCUUUCAUUUUGUUUGUCAUCGGAUUGAAAAGGGAUUUGCAUAUCGGGUUUUAGAGUUCAUUGCAAACAGAAAUGUUGGUCCGGCUUUUGCUUCAAGUUGUAUAUAUUUUGAUAUAUGUCUUUUUGUAUAUCUGUAACCAUUUUUUUUGGUGUUGUUUCAUCCUAAUUUCUUGUA